CCCAAAGAAGAAGAGGACGCGGAAGCCUUUGUUCCGGUUAGGCAUCGCACGUUGCGGGACGUUCUCCCGCUGAAACAGUCAUACUUUGUAAAGUCUAUUCUCGGCCCCGACAUGGUGAAAUUAUCUGCAGAGCUAAUUGAGCAGGCUGCUCAGUAUACCAACCCUGUGAGAGACCGAGAGUUGGAUUUACGAGGUUAUAAAAUCCCGGUGCUUGAAAAUCUUGGAGCAACUCUCGACCAGUUUGACACUAUAGACUUCUCUGAUAAUGAAGUCAGAAAACUGGAUGGCUUCCCUCUGCUCAAAAGACUGAAGACAUUGCUAAUGAAUAACAACAGGAUUUGUCGCAUAGGUGAGAAUCUGGAGCAGUCUCUGCCAAGUUUGACAGAACUGGUUCUGACAAGCAACAACAUUCAGGAGCUGGGUGACUUGGACCCGCUGGCCACAGUUAAGACAUUGUCCCUUCUCAGCUUAUUAAGGAAUCCAGUGACAAACAAGAAGCAUUACAGGCUCUAUGUCAUCAACAAAAUCCCACAGAUCCGCGUGCUUGACUUCCAGAAGGUUAAGCUCAAGGAACGGCAGGAGGCGGAGAAAAUGUUCAAGGGCAAACGAGGUGCUCAACUUGCAAAGGAUAUUGCCAGACGAACAAAAACAUUCACUCCCGGCGUUGCAGCACAGCUGGAGAAGAAAAGGACGGGGCCAUCUCAAGCUGACGUGGAAGCAAUCAAGAAUGCCAUUGCUAAUGCUUCAUCGCUGGCAGAGGUGGAGAGAUUGAAAGGGAUGCUGCAGGCUGGUCAGAUCCCAGGACGAGAUCUCAGACAAGGUCCAGCCGGGAUCGUGGAGGAGGAGGAGGAGGAGGAGGAGGAGGAAGAAGAGGAAGAUGGUGCACAGAUGGAUGCACAUAUGGAUGGAGGUACUGAAGAAGAGACGAAUGAGGGAGAUCAAGAGGAGGAGGAUGCAGACAUGGAUGUUGAGUCACAUGUUAAUGGAUCCUGAGUACCCUGAAAGCAUGAUUUCUGUUGUCUUUUUUUUUCUUUUUAUGUUGUAGAUUUGUUGUCUUUGACAUUUAUCAGAGUGAUUUUGUUUUGUAAUAUGACUUACAAUAAAAAUUGAUUUCUUAUU